AUGUCAGCUUUGGACCGAAAGGGUGUUACAGCUGAGCGAUUGAGCUUGAGGUCAUACACUGUCCACCGUGUGAUCGCCUCCACUCAGCACAGGGCUGGGAGAGAAGAGCUCUGUGAGGCAGACGGUCUCCUGGCAUGCGAAGUACAUGCCCCGACCAGCGAAAUCUAUGAAGUGUCAUACACUGUCCACCGUGUGAUCGCCUCCACUCAGCACAGGGCUGGGAGAGAAGAGCUCUGUGAGGCAGACGGUCUCCUGGCAUGCGAAGUACAUGCCCCGACCAGCGAAAUCUAUGAAGUGUGA